UGAGGCACAGAGAAGCCCAUGCAGAGUUUGGUCUAGGCAGUGCCUGAUAGAGCAUGAUGUUUCAUCUGUCUGCAAUCAGGAUGACAGCAAAAGGACAUCUUUCUACUCCAGUGCUGUGGCUGCUUCUCCUCUCUGUUCAGGCCUCCCUGGGUGCUGUUGAAUUGAGGCUGUCAAAUGGAACUGGCCCCUGCUCUGGGAGAGUGGAAGUAAAAUAUGAGGAGCAGUGGGGAACUGUGUGUGAUGGUGACUGGACCAUAGAUGAUGCUGAGGUUGUUUGUAAGCAGUUACGAUGUGGAUCUGCUGUUCAGGCCCUUGAACAAUCUCCUUUUGGAGAAGGAUCUGGACCGACGUGGCUGUAUCGGGUUGAUUGCCGUGGUGAUGAACCCAAUCUCUGGAACUGUUCACAUACAGGAUGGGGUGCUUUUACCUGCCCUCAUUACUAUGAUACUGGAGUGAUCUGCUCAGGUUUCUCUGAGCUGCGUCUGACUGGAGGGGACACUGCCUGCUCAGGACAGCUGAAAGUAAAGCAAGAAGAAACCUGGGCUACGGUCUGCUUUUCACAUGUGGAUUUCAAAGCUGCCUCUGCUGUAUGUAACGAGUUAGCGUGCGGCCACGCUGUGGGUAUCUCGAGAGGAACUCACUUUGGAGACAGAAGUGAAGUGACCUGGCAAGAAGAGUUUCACUGUGUGGGGAAUGAGACUCACCUGGCACACUGUCCAAGGGCGCCGCACCGCAGCGAGGCCUGCUCGCAUGGUGCCACUGUGGCGUGUUCAGGCUAUGGUGGGUACAGGCUGGCAAAUGGCAGUACCACAUGUUCAGGGAGAGUAGAGCUACUUCAUGGAGGCAUGUGGGGAACCCUGUGUGACUACCUGUGGGAUUUCCCAGCUGCCAAUGCCCUCUGCCAGCAGCUGGACUGUGGCGUUGCUGUGCUGAUACCAAGUGGACGGUCCUUUGGGCAAGGAAAUGCAUCUGUCUGGAACGGCACAUUCAGCUGCAAGAAGAAUGGCUCCCACCCGAGAGACUGCCCUGUGAGUGUGCUGGGUCACGAUGAGUGCCCUGCCGGGAGAGAGGCUCGUGUGGUAUGUUCAGGGUGCCCGGGGGGCAGGUUGGUGAAUGGCACCACGUGCUCUGGCAGGGUGGAGAUCCGCCAUGGAGACACAUGGGGAGGGCUCUGCCGCUCCCACUGGAAUUUGCAAGCUGCCAACGUCCUCUGCUAUCAGCUGAACUGUGGCUAUGCGAAGUCAAUCCAGACAGGAGACCGUUUUGUGGAGGAGAGUGGGCCUAUAUGGAGAGAUGCUUUUCACUGCGAAGGGACAGAGUCCUGCCUGUGGGACUGUGCUCAAGUGACUUUGGGCAAUCCAGCCUGCUCAGCCAGAGAAGCAGCCACUGUUGUUUGCUCAGGUCUUGAUGAAUCGCUCAGACUCUCAGGUGGUAACAGCCGUUGUGAUGGGCGUGUUGAGAUCUCACUCCAUGGCACGUGGAGCAGAGUCCUGGAUGAUGACUGGGGCAUUAAAGACGCCCAUGUGGUCUGCAGGCAGCUCCAGUGUGGAAUUGCCAAGAAAGCCUAUUACCUCCCAAGGUCUGAGCGAGGCGUGGGUCAUGUUGGCUUGAGAAACGUCCAGUGUGCUGGAACCGAGACUCAGCUGAUGCUGUGUAAGACCUCCCUUUUCCAGGCAGAGCCAGCGGGAGUUGCUGAAGAUGUUGGUGUGAUUUGCUCAGGUAGCAGACGGAUCAGGUUGGUGAAUGGAACAAAGCGGUGUGCUGGGAGAGUAGAGCUUUAUCAUGAUGGCAUCUGGGGCACCAUCUGUGACGAUAACUGGGAUCUAGCAGAUGCUAAUGUUGUUUGCAAACAGCUGGGAUGUGGACAUGCCAUCAAGGCAUUUGUAUCUGCUCAUUAUGGUGAAGGCUCAGGACAGAUCUGGCUGGAUGAUGUGAACUGCACUGGGGCUGAAUCCGAUCUCUGGGCAUGUCCCUCUAGGGCAUGGGGUGAGCACAACUGCCAACACAAAGAGGAUGCUGGAGUCCUGUGCUCAGAGUUCCUGGCUCUGAGGCUGGUGAAUGGCAAUGACUGUGCUGGGCGGCUAGAAGUUUUCUACAAUGGGACAUGGGGGAGCAUUUGCUCAAAUUACAUGUCUCAAGUCACUGCAAGAACUGUAUGCAAACACUUGAAUUGUGGAGACGAUGGGGAAAUCGCAAGUGACUUCCAGUACGGCAGAGGUUCUGGGCCCACGUGGCUGGACCACGUUGAGUGUACAGAGCAACAUAGCUCUCUCUGGCAAUGUCAGUCAGACCCCUGGGAUCCUCAGUCAUGUGAUAACCGCGCAGAAGAGACCCAUAUUUCUUGCCGUGGAAGAAAAGAGGCAACGACCCCAACCUCAUUUGCUGAGUGCCCGAACGCUACAAGUUGCUCAGACAGGGAGAAGUUACGAGUCAUAGGAGGAGAGGAUGGAUGUUCAGGCCGAGUGGAGAUUUGGCACCAAGGUUCUUGGGGAACGGUCUGUGACGAUUCCUGGGAUGUGGCAGAUGCUAAUGUCGUAUGCAGGCAGCUGGGCUGUGGAUCUGCUGUGUCUGCUCUGGGUGAAGCUGCCUUUGGGGAAGGGACUGGUCCCAUCUGGCUGGAGAAGGUGCAUUGUAAAGGAACGGAGCUGUCUCUCUGGGACUGUCCUGCCAAGCCCUUGGUGGGCAAAACCUGUGAUCAUAAAGAAGAUGCUGCUGUGGAUUGCUCUGGUAUGACAGAAACAACAGCAUCACCCACUAGAGCAGAUCCUCCCCGCCGCCCUCCAACAGACAGUACAAGAAUUUCAGUGCCUGUCAUCCUCUGCAUUGUCCUGGGGGCCCUUCUCUGCCUGGUCCUUGCCAUUCUUGCUGGACAGAUCCGACAUGCCAGGGCACAGCAGAGAGGCUCUCGACUGUCCUAUGACCCCUUCCCUGAGACUGUCUAUGAGGAGAUCGACUACGACGUGGUGAAGGAAAAGCAGGGCAUGGCUGGCCUGGCAGAUUCUUAUUCAGAGAGUACAAAACCAAAAGCACAGUUUUAUAGUGGGGACAGUGAUGAAGAAAAUGGUCCCGGAGCAACUCAAGAGGCCUCCCCGCUGCCUGAAAAUGCCCUGGAAGAUGGUUAUGAUGAUGCAACAGAAGCUUUUGGACCUAAAGAUGAUGCUUCUUCUGGGCAGAAUGGACAGGAAAUCACUGGGAUCUCUGAAGAAAGUGACGGAAACCAGGAUCCACAGACGGACAGGAGUCCGAACGCGUCAGGAAACAGGACUGCUGGGGCUGAGAGGCGUGUGUCCCCUGCUCAUGAAGAUACAGGCUAUGAUGACAUUGAAGAGCUGAGAUAGUGACAGAGGCUGCUGAGUUGUACCGACCACUUUUCGAAAUACACCUUUGUCCAUAAAAUGCUAACUGGGUAGUAGCAGAGCCAGAACAACCUGCAUGUAGGAUUAGUUUACCUAAGUUUGGUUUAUUUGCAGAGAAGUGAUUGCAUACUUAGAAGACAUACAAGCGUGACUGUUAAGAAAACUUUUCUUAUUUCCCUUACAAUUUUUUGUUGCCAAAACUGCUUGGACACUUGGUGCUUCUUAUUUCUAAAUAUUUUCUUUGUAACUUUUUUCAUCUUACAAUAUUUUCUUAUUAGAAAUGGUUUAAAGAUCUCUUCUCAAAUUUAUGCUUCUCCUUCCAGACACACAGGACGGCUUUCUGGAGACUGUUAGGAAUGGAGACUGAACUGCAAGAAAUCAUCAAAGUUCUGUUUCAUCUUUUGGGUAUUGAUGCUUGUCACAUAGAAUGUGAGGACUAGAAAAAAUUUUCUAGAGAGCACUUUGUGAGAAGAGAAACUCAACAAGGUUGUUCUUGUCCUUGCUUUAGAUGCAGGCCUGUCAUCUGAAUUAUGUACAAGUGAAUCACACAUUCGACUGGAGGGAAAAGCUUCUCUUCUCUUUUCUCUCUCUAUACCAUGAUGAUUUAUUGUCUCCCAAAGCUGUACCAAUCAUAUGGUAAGAGAAAAUUUCUUUCCACAAAUGGCAAGUGGUGGUCAUACCUACAGGUGUCUGUCAUGUAAUUUCUUUUAAUCAUAUGAAGGUAGUUUGAAAAAGUCCACGUUGAUGCAAUAGAAGGUGAAGUUUUGUUG